UGAGAGGGCAGAAUAUAAAUUCGACAGAACCUCUGAAAUCGAGAAGAGAGAUUGGGUAAAUUGUUUGGUAGCAGAACGUAGUAGUAGAGAGAAAGAGAGAGAACAGCUGAUAUUCGCGGCAUUGCCAAUGUCGUACUACGUCAUAGUCAUGUGACAUUAUGACUGUCAAACAUGGCGCGCAUUUCAAAUCUUGCGUUCUUAUUGAAACACGCUUUAAAUUGGUUUCGUGUUACUUGUAACUGUAUAAAUUUUUAAAAAAAAUUAACGAAAAAAAAAUUAUUAAUUUUUUCCCAUAAUCAUGUAACAUCUAUCAAAUCCACAGCGGUCAGUUACGAAAAUUACGUAAAAUUUUUAUAAUGACAAAUAGCACGGAAUCGUCCCCGCUAUUUGAAAAUAAUGUUGCAGAUAUUCCCACUCCGAUUUUAAUCCCAGAUUUUUCCAUCAGUUACCGGUAUAGGCGCAUAAAAAUAUUUGCCUUGCAUUGUUUUCGUCCGGACAUGUUGCGGUUUUUAACGCUAAAAAUUCAAAAAUAUUUGAUUUGGGUAAUUGUUAUUUCAUCUGUUUAUAUACGGCCCAAUAACGCGAGAAAACAAAGAUACGUUAGUUUAACUGGCUGCGAAUCAAUUUCCACUAUGGAAUACGAAUGUUGUAUAAAUAACAACUUAGCAAAUGUACCCCCGAAAGAGUAUUGUGUCAACUUAGAAGUUAUCCCUAAUGAGCUUACUUUAAACUAUAACUUCAAAGCAGAUGGUGAGACAUUCUACAAUGGCAAAAUAGACCCGAGUAAUGCACCAAUAUGUCCUCCACCCUCGCCGUUAUGCUUAACAGUGAAUUACGUAAACAUCGAUAACAGGGAGAUUUGUACCAAAUUAGGGAUAGGACCUUUAACUCUGGUAAAAUUUCCCUGUUUUGGUAUUAAUGAAGAUGGGCAAAUUUUAGUUAUUCCUAACAUGUAUUUGAGAAAAAAAUAAAACCAUUUAAGACUUUA